AUGGCGAAGAAGAAGCGAGUGGUCCGAAAGUCUGCACCUCGUUUGUCUGAGCAUGAAUCCAAUAGCAAUCAGGAUAAUGAGAAGGAAGAUGCCGGUGGUGUGAUGUCUACGGAUGGUGCGAACCCUCCAAUGGCGGUGUUUGAGGGAUAUAUUAAGCGAAUUUGGGGCCAUCUUGGGAUUGCGCAAAUAGCACGUAUGACCAUGGGUUUAACAAUGGUGAAAUUUAAUGAUGAGGCGACUAGAGAUCUGGUUUUAGAGAAUGGUGUUCUUCAGUUCGACAGAAAACCAGUAAUAGUUAGACCCUGGUCAUCAAAUCUUGAUGCAGUGAAGUUAAUUCGUUCUGUUCCGUUAUGGAUUCGGCUUCACGAUUUAGGUCUUCAAUACUGGGGGAACAAAUGCCUAAGUGCUUUGGUCAGUACUGUUGGGAAGCCAAUUAUGGUGGACCAGCAUACUAGGGAUCGUACCAGGAUUCAAUUUGCUCGGGUUUUGGUAGAAAUGGACAUCACGGAUGCACCACCAAGAUUGAUUAAAUUUCUAAAUGAACAUGGAAAAACAGUUGAUCAAUCGUUGCUUAGUGCUGCUUGGAAAACUCCUAAAAGAGCUGCUGGGUCUAGAAUGAAGGAACCAGUCCCAGGUCCUAGUACAACUCAUGAUCAAGAUGUUGGGAAUAGGUCUGCCAAUAAGUUCAGUAUUUUACAGGAAGAGAAGGGUGAUGUGACUGAGGAGGUAGAGGGUGGAGAGACAAAGGGUCCUGGUUUAAUUUCUACUUAA